GUAAUGAAUCUAGUUGAGAAACUGAAAAUUGAGUUAGACCCAGACAAAAGGUCAUCAGUAGAAAUAGUAGAAGUUGCAUUCAUUGGAUCUUCACUAAGAAAUUCAGUAAUCUAUAUAUAUAGCUAUGGGAUCACUUGGGUCUCAAGACGACGUGCUGGGCCUCCUGAAAGAGAUCCAGGAUGCUGCUUCUGAUGACUCUCUGGCUGGAGUAUGUUUUCAAUUUCGGGCAUUGCUACCAAAAUGCACUGGCUCUGAAAGCUUAGUGGAACUCUCAUCCCUCCUAAUACAUUCCCCAGAGUACUACCAGAUUGCUGUCUCUCUAAUCCGAUUCAUUGUGCAAGAUAUAUGCAAGGAUGAGCAAUGCAAAGCACUGCAAGAAUACGUCAAUAGUCGAAAGAUUUACGAAACAAACAAGCUCCUUCCAAGCCUACAACUGCGAGAGCUCCUUUCGACAAUUGCCGUAUCAAUGAAAUCAAAAGAUGAGAUAGAACCGUUUAUCCACCACUUUGCUAUUUCUACCUUGAAGGCAAACCCUGAUCGUUUCAAAGCCAGUUCAAACUAUUGCAGAUUGUUGAAGCUGUUCGAAAAACUGCUAAUAGAUGGAAAAAUUAAGCAAGAUGGGAGUGAUCUGGAGGAGCUUCGGGAACUACUUCUAGAAAGGGGGAGAAAAGAUCUUAUUCAGAAUCAGCUGGGGAGUUUCUGCCCAAGCCGUCCGUACACACUAGCAGUCAUGGAUGUUGAGUUGAAAGUCGCCAUUGAGCCUCUAACGCAUUCAGGAAGUGUUCACUAUCGAGAUAACUUGAUUGAAACGUACCAGGUUAUGCCCGAAUUUCCCAUUGAUCAGUGGCCACCCGUUACCAAGGUUCAUUACAUCAACCUUGCACUCAUCACGUCUGAUCCGAUGCCACGCAAUGACCAUUUCAGUCGAGCUACCGUCCGAGGCUCUGUCGACGAUGUCAUGUCGAGAAAAAUGCCCACCUGCUACGAAAACGUGUUCCCAAAGCUGCCCUCAACAAAACCUCGAGGGAGAACACUAGUUUUGAUCGAAGGUCGCCCUGCAUGUGGUAAAUCCACUCUUCUCACCAAAGUCAGCAAAGAUUGGGCAAAUGGUGACAUUUUGCAAGAUAUGCAAAUUCUGGUUCUGGUUCGAUUGCGUCAAUUUCUUGGCAAGAAAGAUGUUAGCCUUGAAGAUAUUUUUGGACAGUAUAGUGCCAAUAGCCGUGUUGUGUAUUCUGUGAUUGACGAAGUGACGAAAACCGGUGGGAAAGGUGUCUGUCUGCUUUUAGAUGGUUUGGAUGAGUAUGGCCACUUGAAAGAUAACACCAAUUUGAUUAAGAAGCUUCUUGUUGGACAAUUGCUACCAAAGGCCAGCAUUGUUAUGGCUUCUCGUCCUGCCGGCUCUGCUCCUCUUAGGAAUGAUUUGCGAUUCAGCAAGCAUGUGGAGAUCAUUGGCUUUUUGCAGAAAGAAAUCACAGCAUAUGUGGAGCAUGCAUUCAAAGAAAAUCGACACAAAGCCAAAAUCCUUCUGAAUUACUUGGACAAGCAUCCCAACAUCGCUCGAAUGUGCUAUCUCCCUCUCCAUCUUGCUAUGGUAGUUUACUUGUUCAGUGUAGGUCAAAAGCUUCCUGAUGCAGAAACCGAUCUUUACUACAAGUUCACUCUGCACACCCUCUACCGCUCUUUCCUCCGUGGGAAAAGUAAUUCUGAUGAUGAGGAUGAUGAAGAAGAGCUUCACGCACUCUCUCAAAUUCCAGACGAGAAGAAACCAAUCUUUCAAAGCAUCUGCUUGCUAGCAUUCAAAGCCACAGCAGAUCAGAAGCAAAUUUUCACGGGCAAAGAUAUCCUCGAAAUGGGUAGUAUGAAGCUACCAGUCAACUACAGGAAAAAAGCAUUUGACUCCCUUGGAUUACUGACCGUUGAUCGUAUCAUCGCUGACAGUUCACUCCCGACAAAAUCGUUUAGCUUCCUUCAUCUCACCCUGCAGGAGUUUUUGUCCGCUUGCCAUUUGCUCUAUUUUUGUGAACAGUCUGAGCAAUUAAACGUCAUUAGAUCACCUAUGGGCGGCAUGGAUCACAUGUGGGUUGUCUGGAAGUUUUAUUGUGGUCUUUCACAAAAGCCUGGAGUCAAGACCUCACCCAGCUUCUUUACGAAAGCCUUCCAUGAAAUCUCCAAUCGCAAUGUAUCUUCCGAGCGUCGGAUUGCGUCCCUCAACAUGGUUCACUGUGCCUUCGAGUCGAAAAAUGUUGCCGCCUGUGUCGAUCUUGUCACUCAGCUGCACGGACGAAUGGAUGUCAACGACAUUUCGCUCACCCCAUCUGAUUGUGCUGCCGUGGGAAAUGUUACCUCUAGUGCCCACAGUGAAGUUAAUGAGAUUGAUCUCAGCUAUUGUCACAUCGGGCCUGAGGGCAUCGGAGCUCUCGUGGACCAGCUGGAAAAUACUCUGGAGGCAGUACACCUACUCAGACUCAGAGCGAGGAUUGACCGAGCAGUGGGAACUGAAGGAGCACCAGCACUUACCAAGCUACUCCAGAGGCUGCCAAACCUCAAAGAGCUGAGGCUGUAUGGGAACAAGCUCGAGACUGCACGUUUUCAGUACCUUGCUCCAGUUAUCAGGGACAUGACCAAGCUGCAGACAUUCAUAGUGUCUCGGAAUGAUCUUGAUAUGGACUCCGGAAGCCACGUUUCAAGUAUUUUGGAAAACUUGCCUCAGCUUCACACAUUCUAUAUCAGCUACAAUCCUAUUAGCGACAAAGGACUAGGAGAAAUGAAGCAGGGCUUGCUCAAGUGCACAGAGCUGAAAAUUUUAGGUCUACGUGGGACAAGUUUGACGGGAAAGUCUGGUGCUCAUUUAAAUGAGAUUUUUGCAACUCUACAAAAGUUGGAGACUGUUGAGCUUUAUCAAAACAAACUUGGAGAUAAGGGGGUCAUUGACAUGCUUCCAGGCCUUAGGAAAGCCACAUCUCUCAAGACCGUGAGUCUUGUGGAGAAUGUGAUAGGGGAUAGUGGUGCUCUUGCCUUGGCUAGCUACCUGGAGUUUACAGACACUCUUGUGCAAAUGAGAAUCUACUACAACCAUGACAUGACGGAUGUGGGCAAGAUUGCAAUACGAUCUGCUGUCGUCAACCGCACACCUCAACUUACUGAAAGAUGUGACCUAAGGGUUGCUGUUUAGCUCUUAAUAACGUAUUGCAUACUCUAACUGUAGCGUAUCCGAAUUACUAGCUGUUAAGAUAACUCAUUCACACUGCUCUAUUUUACACUACACUACACACACUAAUUUUACAUUACAUCCCCAUCCCACACUAGUUUUUGUACAAACACAAUUUUAAUAAUUUUUAUAACAAAAGAGCAUGUAUGGACAUGCGUGUACACAAAAGUUGUUUAACGUG